AUGUCUCACUUUUUUGUUUGUGCUCAGGAGUUCGUGUCUAUUGCCGUAUUGGCCGUCGCUGCCUACGUCACCCUCGCCGGAGAAGUUAAGAGGGGCGAAAAUAUCAAGGCGCAUCGUGGUGUCCUGAAAACCGACCUUGCCGGUGCCAGAGGAGUCGGUUACGGAGCCAACCUUGGCACCGGGGGAGUCGGCUACGGAGGCGGCGUCGGUACUGGAGCAGGCUACGGUUCUGGAAUUGGUCCCGGAAUGAGUGUCGCGAACCCCGCUGUCGUCGGCGCUGGGCUAGCUUACCCUGGUCUUGUCACUGGUGGUCUCCCAAACCCCGGUCUUGUCGCUGCUAGUCUUGCCAACCAGGGCCUUGUCGGAGCUGGUCUAGGUGGUAUCGGUUUGGGUCACGGUGCUGGUCUCGGUCACGGAGUUGGCAUUGGCGGUGUUGGUUUGAACCACGGAUACGGAGCCGGGUAUGGUCAAAUGGCUGGAGGUGGCCUGGCUGGAUUCCAGAAGGGAGCUGUUGGGCACAACCAGGGAUCUGGCGUCUUUGCUGGCGGAAGCGCCCAGAAAAACGUGCAGUCCUACAACCACCAGUCCGGGUACAACUCCAACAGUGGCUUUUCUUCUAGCGACUCCAAUGUAUUCGGUGCUGGGCAGCAACAGGGCUCUUCUGGAUUCAGCGGUGGAGCCUUGGGUGGACAGACUGGCUAUGGACAGAGCGGUUUUGGAAAUGUCGCCACCAGUGGCGCUGGAGUUGGGGGACUUGGCUACGUGCCCCACUAA